AUGGAGCGUCAGCCGCAGAGCAGCUACGAUGCCUAUGCCAUCGCCUGCGCAGCCGUCGCCAGCUUCUUCAAGCUGAGUGUCGACGAGGAGCGGGAAGAAGCGCACGAGGUGAAGCCCGCGGAGAUCUCGCCUCCCGGAGACGGGGGAGAGGAGCAGAAGGCUCAGUCCGAACCGGAGCAGGGAGCAGCCGCGGAAGGGAAAGAGGCGGGAGACGAAGGAGAAGGAGAGGAAGGCUGCGAUGUCAGCGUCGGAGCCGCCGGCCCCGCGGACGGCGAAAGCCGCGAGGCCGAGGCCGAGGCCGAGGCCGGGGCGGGCGGCGGCCUAGGCGGAGAGCAGGGCGAUGAGGAGCAGCCCCCGCGGGCCGCCGUCGAGGGUCCCGAGGCCGCAGAUGGGCAGCGGUGCGCCCCCUACUCCAGGCUCACGAAGAGGCAGCUGCAGGACCUGGAGCGCGUUUUCCGGCAUACUCAGUACCUCAGCGUGCCCAUGCGAAAGGAGCUUGCAAGACGCCUGGGAGUGACUGAAGCCAGAGUGCAGAUGUGGUUUAAGAAUAGAAGGGCCAAGAGUCGGAGGUAUCACAAGGCACUAAUGCUCAAAAACGUGCCCCUCGUGCCCCUGGUCCCCACUGCUGUCGUCAGCAUGUGUGAACCCUGCAGUGCCAUCCUGCUUCAGGAGCUGGGCUGGGUCGACGUUCUUCUGGAGCAACUGCUGCUGGAGCUGUCCCUGCUGCCCGAGGCACAUAUGCCACCCAUGCCGCCCGUGCCGCCCGUGCCACCCAACCCACCCAUGCUACCCAUGCUACCCAUGCUGCCCGUGCCUCCCGUGCCACCCAUGCCACCCUUUCCUGCUAUUCUGUUGCCUCCUCCGCACUUUCAGCUUAAACACUUGCUUCUAUGUAGGUGCCCUCAUGCGGCAUGGCAUGGUCCCUUACCAUUGGCGGUCCUUCAGGAGCCCGUGGUUCAUCUUAAAUUGUCUCUGUGA